AUAAGUCGUACUUCGUUCAAGACCUACUGCUAGGCAGGCAGCUUCCCUUUAUUCAUAAAAUCUCCUUUUCUUUUUCAACCCUUUCAUUCACUUCCUUAAUUAAAUCAUUUCCCCCUUUUAAAUUAAUUUUAUUUAAUCAUUUAUUUAUACUCUGAACUCUCAAAUUUCUCUUCUCUCUCUCUCUUAAGGCGGUUACAAAGUUGGCCACACGCAGAAAAGUACAACAACCCGCCAUCGUCACCACCACCGCCGCCGCCGUUACCGCCACCACCAGCUCUUUUAUCCCGACUUUUAUUGAGUCUGAAUUAUAAAACCUCGUUGGAAUUGCUGCUGAUCAUCAAUUAUUAGAAUUCCAUGGACCGCUUAUGCUGUUUCAAUGCUUCCGAGAUAAGUGGGCAACAAAGUUCAUUCACUUCAGGAAAAGGAAGAAGCAAUCAAGGUCAAAUCACGUUUGGAUACAGUCUCGUUAAAGGAAAAGCUGACCAUUCUAUGGAGGAUUAUCAUGUUGCUAAGUUUGAAAUGAUGCAAGAACAUGAGCUUGGACUGUUCGCUAUAUUUGAUGGCCAUUUGGGAGAUGCCGUACCUUCCUACCUCCAGAAAAAUCUGUUUCGGAAUAUUUUCAAGGAGGAAGAGUUUUGGGUUGACCCGGGAAGAUCGAUUCCUAAGGCAUAUGAGAAAACUGAUGAAGAUAUUCUGUCUCAAGCUACUGAUAUUGCAAGAGGCGGUUCCACCGCUGUUACUGCUAUUCUUAUUAAUGGAAAAAGGUUAUGGGUUGCUAAUCUUGGAGAUUCCCGAGCAGUUAUCUCGAGAGGGGGUCAAGCUCUGCAGAUGACUGUUGAUCAUGAGCCUAACAUAGACAGAGCAACUAUUGAGGGCAAAGGAGGAUUUGUCUCAAAUAUGCCAGGAGAUGUUCCUAGGGUGAACGGUCAGCUAGCAGUGUCUCGUGCUUUUGGGGAUAAAAGCCUGAAGUCACAUCUCCGUUCAGACCCAGAUGUACGAGAUAUGACUAUUGACAUCAAUGCGGAACUCCUUAUUCUUGCAAGUGAUGGUCUAUGGAAGGUAAUGUCUAAUCAAGAGGCCGUGAACAUUGCAAGAAAGACAAAAGAUCCAGUAAAGGCAGCGAAACAAUUAGCAUCUGAAGCAUUGAAGAGAGAAAGCAAGGAUGACAUAUCUUGUAUCGUAGUAAGAUUCCGGUGAUAUAAACCUCUGUCACAACUCACAAGCUGUUUUAGUUAAAUCACAGGUGAUAGCUGCUAUGUUUUGCACACAGCUUUGAUUCGUGUCCAUGAAGAACGGGGGAAUAUGCUUACUUGUUUGUAAACACUGAUUUUUUGUGGAAAAAAUUUCUCUUUCCCGGGAAGGAAAAGUUCGAGAUUGAUGCAUAUAUUGUUAUUAUUCUUUUGCCAGAAUGUGUUAAUUCUGUCAUGUGUAAUUUGAUUUUUUAUAACUGGAGGAAUGCGCGCGAAUGGAUAUGUAGUGUUCUGUGUGGCUUUAAGAAUGUGGAGCAAUUUCUUUGUUACAGAUUGUAGAAGAUGAUUAUGAAGUGGAUUAUUAAUGGUGUUAUUGUCCAAUUAGGAAGACAUAUUGCAUUGUACAAAUGUAAUAGCUAUUUUGAUUUUUAUUAGAAAUAAUAAUAAUUUUUUAUGUUGAA